AUGGAUACACCUCCUUUGCAGGCUUUGUUCGUCCCCAACGAACUCGUCUCUGAAAUCCUAUUUCUGCUUAGUGUUAAAAACAUCGUACGACUUAAAUGCGUGAGCAAGUCAUGGAACGCUCUCAUCUCCGAUCCACUCUUCGUCCAAAAACACCAUAACUUAUCGUUGCAGAACCCACAUCUCAUGCUAUCUUGGAAAACGAUCACACCAGCCGUCAAGUUCGUUGUACCCUUCCCGGUGCAUCUUUUGCUCAAAAAUCCAUCCAUCACCGUUUCCAGCAACAAAUCCCAUGAUUUUGAGCAUAAUUGUAGGAUUGUUGGUUCCUGUAAUGGAUUGCUUUGCUUGCUUUUCAAUUCUGAAACAGAGACAUCAAAACCAAAGAAUUGGUUACGUUUCUGGAACCCUGCCACCAGGACAAGCUCUAAAAAUUUAGGGUCAUUCCGUUAUAGAACCCCUCGUCGCUAUGAUAACAGCUAUGGUUUGUCCUGUUAUAAGUUCUCUUUUGGUUAUGAUGCUUCAACUUUAACUUAUAAGGUUGUGGCAUUUCGUGUUAGAAGGAAUAAUGAUUCAUGGGAAAGCAGGGUUAAAAUUUUCAAUCUUGGUGAUAAUUGUUGGAGAAAUAUUCAGAGCUUUCCUAUAUUUCCUCUUAAUUGGUUGCAGAAUAGACGCCGCCUAGCCAGCAACUGCCGCCUUAAUGAUGGUGUGCAUUUGAGUGGGACUAUUAACUGGUUGGCUAUGUACAAGCCUACUACUCAUGUUGUGCAAUUUGUGAUUGUUUCACUUGAUCUUUCAACGGAAUCAUACAAGAAGUUGCUGCCUCCUCCAGGGUUUAACGAGAUGCCAUGUUUUCAGCCACUUCUUAGGGUUUUGAUGGACAGUCUUUGUUUAUCUCAUAAUCCCAAGAAAACUGAAUUGGUUUUAUGGCAAAUGAAGGAGUACGGCGUUCAAGAGUCUUGGACUCAAUUAUUUAAGAUUAGUUACAAGAAUCUUCAAAUGCAAAACAUUGAUGCUGGUUUUGCAUGUCUUUAUGUAAAUAGUGAUACGGUGAUUUUUGCAAAUAAAUACUGCAACCAGCCAUAUAUCUAUAAUUUAAAAGACAAAACAGUAAAGAGAAUUAAAGUAGGACUCAACCUAGACUGGUUCGAUCAGGCAAUGGUUUACGUAGAAAGUUUGGUUUCAGUUCCUUGA